CGAAAGCGUAACCCCCCUUCUUUCAUAUUUGGAUCUACCUCAUUACAAAAACAACAAAAAAAUCGAUUUCGACUGUGAAUAAUCGAUACACUCGUCUCUUUUUCCUCUGCUGAAUUUGCCGACGAUCUCCUCUGCUAGAUUUGGAUUCAAAUCUGUUGUUAGUUUGGCUAGGGAUCGAAUGAUGUGGAGUACAAUCGCUAAUUUGAAAGAAAACCUCAACAAAAUCGCACUCGAUGUUCACGACGACGAUGACGAUGAUGAACAAGGGAUUGAGAUCUACAAUUCACCCGAUCGAACCCGACUCUCUCGCAAUUUCUCGCAUUCCAGUCCCGCUUCUCGAUCUCCCCUUGCCAAUGGAUUCGAUUCCCAUCACAAUUCCGAGAUUGAGCAAUACAAAGCACAAAUCAAGAGGCUUCAGGAAUCUGAGGCAGAAAUUAAGGUGUUAUCAGUUAAUUAUGCAGCUCUUUUGAAGGAAAAAGAGGAUUGGAUUUCAAGAUUGAAUGAAGAAAAUGGCUUGUUGAAGCAAAAUCUGGAUGCAACAAAUGCUACCCUAAAUGCAUCUAGAAAUGAGAGUUUGAAGACAUCGACAAAUAGCCUUAACGGGCUCAAGGGUAGUAGUGAUCACUCACCCAAUCGGCAGUACAAGGCCAUUGUAAAAAAUCGACCUAUCGGCAACCAAUCAAACAAUGGCUUUGUCUCUAAACAGGAUGGGUUAUGCAACGGUAUUCAGGGCAAUGAAAAGGAGGACCCUGCAGAUUUGUUAGAACAGAAAAACAGGUCUCUGGCAGUGAUUCAAGCAGAUCUCGAGUCUCAAAUUAAAAAAUUAGGAUUGGAACUUGAGAAAGAACGUGGCAAGUUAGCAAAUAUACACCUACAACUACAAGACGAACAGAAGUUGAAUGGAUCUUUUCAGGAUGAAUUGAACUUGUUAAAAGUGGACAAGGACAAAAGCACCAUUGAGAUGAAAAAAAUUCGUGAUGUAUUGAAUGAGAAAAUAUCAGAAGUAAGACGAUUACAAAUGGAAUUGAAUAGAAGGGACAACAUAGAGGCAGAUGACACUGCGGAGGGUUUGAAAAGAGUAAUUGCAGCCUUAGAGAAAGAAAACAACAGUCUUAAGAUGGCGAAGGUUGAACUUGAAACUUCCUUGAAAGCAGCCAACGAGAAUUCAAAUAAGCAGUCGACCAGUUUGAGUGAGGUGGUUUGCUACAGCUUUGGAAACUUUGUUUCCGUGCAGAAUGUCCAGUCAUUGGGAAGUUUUCCUGGAAAAGAAGAGAUGGAACUAUCUCUGCAAAAACUGGAGAAAGAUUUGAAGGAGACUGGCCAACAAAGGGACAAAGCAUUACAAGAACUGAGCCGGCUUAAGAAGCAUUUAUUAGAUAAGGAAAUUGAGGAAUCAGAAAAGAUGGAUGAGGACAGCAAGAUCAUUGAAGAGCUUAAAGAAAAAAACGAGUAUCAGAGACUACAAAUACUACAUUUGGAGAAAGCUCUGAAGCAGGCAAUUGCAGGUCAAGAGGAGGUUAAGAUGAUCAACAACAAUGAACUUCAAAAGUACAAGGAAAUCAUUGAUGACCUAAAUAGAAAAUUGACAAGCUGUAUGAGUACAAUAGAUGCCAAAAACGUUGAACUUCUAAAUCUUCAAACUGCUUUAGGCUCAUACUAUGCUGAACUUGAAGCUAAGGAACAUUUGGAAGGAGAUCUGGCACAUGCAAGAGAAGAAUCAGCUAAACUUGCUGAGCUUUUGAAGGAUGCACAUCAAAAGGCAGAGAUAUCACGGAAGGAGAAGGAAGAUAUCUUGGAAAAGCUUUCACAAUCUGAAAGGAUACUAGCAGAAGGAAGAAACAGAGUAAAUAAGCUCGAGGAAGACAAUGCAAAACUACGUCGUGCUCUUGAGCAAAGUAUGUCAAGACUUAAUAGGAUGUCAAUGGACUCUGAUUAUUUUGUUGACAGGCGAAUUGUGAUAAAGUUGUUGGUGACCUACUUCCAAAGAAACCACAGCAAAGAGGUUCUGGAUCUUAUGGUUCGCAUGCUGGGAUUCUCUGAUGAAGAUAAGCAGAGGAUAGGUGUUGCUCAGCAAGGUGGUAAAGGUGUUGUUCGUGGCGUUCUGGGUCUACCAGGUCGGCUAGUUGGUGGCUUCUUGGGUGGUAGUUCAGCUGAAGCUAAUCAAAAUAUGGCAUCGGAAAACCAGUCCUUUGCAGAUCUUUGGGUCGAUUUCCUUCUCAAAGAAACUGAAGAAAGAGAGAGGAGGGAAUCCGCAGAAGCCAAUGCAUCGAAGGAGGAUCAACAGAAAAGAAGUCCAAAUGAUAUGGGGAGUGCUUCACCGGUGCCUGAUCAGAGAACGAAUGCCACCACUGCCGCUUUCUCCAAUUUAAGCCCAUCCCUGAACCAGAACAGAAGCCCCUUGCCCUCGCGUGGAAACAUACUGCAGUCUGAACACUCUGAUUCUGAGUUUUCAACAGUUCCUUUAACAUCUUCAGAGCGUGCUUCUCAGUUUUCAAGAAGAUAUUGAUAGUGUGUUGGAUUUUGUAAUUAAGUAGAAGGUAUUUUUAAUAUUUUUUUUUGUUGUGUUUGGUCAAUUCUUUAAUCCUUCUGUUAAAAUGGGUGGGUAGCAAGUUAUUGUUGCACCCAUAACAAAAUCAUAUCACCACACAAAUGGGUAAAUUAUAGAUUCAUAUUCUUCCACCUGUGGAGGACGUUAAGAGUUUACUUUGUACAUGUCAAAUUUGAUUCUGGACAUGAACUGAACUUUGGGUAAGGGAAUUGCAAAGGGAUCUCCAGAUGUUUCUGUAGUAUAUAAAGAACACGUGUUUUUUAUAUAUUUCAUUGUUUGUGAAAA